AUGUCUACGCCAUCGGCUAAGACUGCAACAUCAGGUGGUAAAGCUACCACAAAAACGACAACAACUACUGUUGUUAAAACAACCACCACAACGCAACAAACAUUAGCUGGUACACGUGGUGCUGGUUCAAAAGUUCAAAAACCCCGAACAACAGCAGCUGGAAAGAAAGUUAUUAAUUCACAUGCAAAUCGUGAAUUAAAUAACAAUGGUCUUAUGCGUUUUUCACGUGGUCGUAUGUUCCAUCGACGUGCAUUAUAUCGUAUAAAUAAAUGGAAAGGUGACCAAGCCAAAUUACAAGGUGAUAAAACCAAAAAAACCGCUGGUAGUAUUAAGAAAAGACGUUCACCAGCCCUUAAAAAGAAACCAGUUGGUGGUGAUCGUAAUGGAAAAGAACGUUUCGUACGAUCUAAACGAUUACCUCGUUACUAUCCAACUGAAGAACGACCAAAGAAAUUCUCCGUUAAACGAAAGAAAUUCAGCAGUCAUCCACGUCGUUUUCGAUCAACACUUACACCCGGUAGUGUUGUUAUUCUUGUUGCUGGUAAACAUGCCGGAAAACGUGCCGUCGUUGUUAAACAUUUAUCAUCUGGACUUUUAUUGGUUACUGGUCCACAUAAAUUAAACGGUGUACCAUUACGUCGUGUCAAUCAAAUUUAUGUUAUUGGAACAAGCACCAAAAUCGAUUUAUCAGCAGCUAAAUUAGAUAAUUUAGAUGAUAAAUUCUUCAAACGUGUUCGUCCAGCCAAGAAAAAUGCUGAAAAAGAUAUUUUUGACUCUAAGAAAGAGAAAUCACAACUUAGCGAUGAACGUCGUCAAGCACAACGUACUACCGAUGCUGUUGUUCUUAAUGCUAUCAAAGCUAAUGCUGACUCACGUCUUCUUCGUAAAUAUCUUAAGAGCCGUUUUCAACUUUGGAACGGUGUUUUACCACACAAAUUACGAUUCUAA